AUGUCCACUCCCGCCAAAAGGAGCCGCAGCGGCCCCGCCGCCGAGCUGGACUCCAGCUUCCAGAAGCGCCUCAGGAAGAUCUCCAUCGAGGGCAAUAUCGCAGCCGGAAAGUCUACACUUGUCAGGCUGCUGGAGAAGCACAGCGAUGAGUGGGAGGUGAUCCCCGAGCCCAUCGCCAAGUGGUGCAACAUCCAGACCAGCGAGGAUGAGUGCGAGGAACUUUCAACUUCUCAGAAGAGUGGAGGAAACCUACUUCAAAUGCUGUACGAUAAACCUACAAGAUGGGCUUAUACUUUUCAGACUUAUGCCUGCUUGAGCCGAGUAAGGGCACAACUGAAACCCAUCUCAGCCAAGCUGCAUGAAGCAGAACAUCCAGUGCAAUUUUUUGAGAGAUCUGUGUACAGUGACAGGUAUGUGUUUGCUUCUAACCUGUUUGAAUCUGGAAACAUCAAUGAAACAGAGUGGGCUAUCUAUCAGGACUGGCACACAUGGCUUUUAAAUCAGUUUCAAUCUGAAAUAGAACUGGAUGGGAUGAUCUACCUAAGGACCACACCUCAGAAAUGCAUGGAAAGGCUACAGAAGAGGGGAAGAAAAGAGGAGGAAGGAAUUGACCUCGAGUACUUGGAAAACCUCCACUAUAAACAUGAGACGUGGCUGUACGAAAGAAGUAUGAGAGUUGAUUUUGAGAACCUUAAGGAGAUUCCUAUUCUUGUUUUGGAUGUCAAUGAAGAUUUUAAAAAUGAUAAAAUUAAACAGGAGUACCUGAUUGAUGAGAUCAAAUCUUUCCUGACUUCUUAAGAAGAAUUAAGAAAUACAUGAAAUGCUUGGAACUCAAGAGUUAAACCGAACAGUCACGUGGUCUUCAACAGUCUAGCUAAACUAGAUGUACUGUCAGUAUAACUUAUAAACCUCAGAAAAGUAGUUUUGUUUGUUUGAACUGUGUUUUUUUAGAUAGACUUUACUGUGUAUUUUAAAGAAAAAUACAGAGU